CUUCAGACCCGGGCGCAGGCGUACUCGCCUGUCUUCCAUCCUGCUUCCUCAGCCCUGGACUCGGCCGGGUUGGGUGGGCCUCGACAGUGGCGGCGGCUGCGGCAGCGGCGGUAGUAAUAGUGACAGUGACUGCGUGAGUCCCCGACGGAAAUGGCGAUGGCGAUGUCAGACAGUGGGGCGAGCCGCCUGCGGCGGCAGCUGGAGUCGGGCAGCUUCGAGGCGCGGCUGUACGUGAAGCAGCUCUCGCAGCAGUCGGACGGGGACCGGGACCUGCAGGAGCACCGGCAGCGCAUCCAGGCGCUGGCGGAGGAGACGGCGCAGAACCUGAAGCGUAACGUCUACCAGAACUACCGGCAGUUCAUAGAGACGGCCCGCGAGAUCUCCUACCUGGAGAGCGAGAUGUACCAGCUUAGCCAUCUGCUGACGGAGCAGAAGAGCAACCUGGAGAGCAUCCCGCUCACCCUGCUGCCGGCCGCCGCCGCCGCCGCUGCAGGGGCCGCCACAGCCUCCGGAGGGGAGGAGGGUGGAGGCAGCGCGGGGGGCCGCGAUCACCUCCGGGGCCAGGCUGGCUUUUUCCCAAGUCCCGGGGGCGCCUCCCGCGACAAUUCUGGUCCGGGCGAGGAAGGGAAGCAGCGCACUCUUACCACUCUGCUGGAGAAGGUGGAAGGCUGCAGGCACCUGCUGGAGACGCCGGGACAGUACCUGGUGUACAACGGGGACCUGGUGGAAUACGAGGCGGAUCAUAUGGCCCAGUUGCAGCGAGUGCACGGCUUUCUAAUGAACGACUGUUUGCUAGUGGCCACCUGGUUGCCACAGCGGCGGGGGAUGUAUCGCUACGACGCCCUCUAUCCCCUGGAUGGUUUGGCCGUAGUCAAUGUCAAGGACAAUCCCCCCAUGAAGGACAUGUUCAAGUUGCUAAUGUUUCCCGAGAGUCGUAUUUUUCAGGCGGAAAAUGCAAAAAUCAAACGCGAGUGGCUGGAAGUGUUGGAGGAAACCAAGAGGGCCCUCAGUGAGAAAAGACGCAGGGAGCAGGAGGAGGCAGCGGCCCCUCGAGGGCCACCCCAAGUGACUUCCAAGGCCAGCAACCCGUUUGAAGAUGAAGACGACGACGAACCACCUGUUCCUGAGGCGGAAGAAGAGAAGGUGGACCUCUCAAUGGAAUGGAUCCAGGAAUUGCCUGAAGACCUGGAUGUUUGCAUCGCCCAGAGGGACUUUGAAGGGGCCGUUGACCUGCUGGAUAAGUUGAACCAGUACCUGGAAGAUAAGCCCAGUCCACCUGCUGUAAAAGAACUGAGGGCCAGAGUGGAUGAGCGUGUCCGCCAGCUCACCGAGGUGCUGGUUUUUGAACUCUCCCCGGAUCGGUCCCUGAGAGGCGGUCCCAAGGCUACGCGUCGGGCCGUUUCUCAACUAAUCCGGCUUGGCCAGUGCACUAAGGCUUGCGAGCUGUUCUUGAGAAACAGGGCAGCAGCCGUGCAUACCGCAAUCCGCCAGCUUCGCAUCGAGGGUGCCACCUUACUCUACAUUCACAAGCUCUGCCACGUCUUCUUCACCAGCCUUCUCGAGACGGCCAGGGAGUUUGAGGCGGACUUCGCAGGCACCGACGGGGGCUGCUACUCGGCCUUUGUGGUCUGGGCGAGGUCAGCCCUGGGCACGUUUGCAGCUGCCUUUAGCAAACAGGUGUUCGACAGUAAGGAGAGCCUCUCCACCGCAGCUGAGUGUGUGAAGGUGGCCAAGGAGCAUUGUCAGCAGCUGGGUGACAUCGGGCUAGACCUCACCUUCAUCAUCCACACCCUCCUGGUGAAAGACAUCCAGGGGGCCUUGCACAGCUACAAGGAAAUCAUCAUCGAAGCCACUAAGCAUCGCAACUCAGAGGAGAUGUGGAGGAGGAUGAACUUGAUGACUCCAGAGGCCCUGGGUAAACUCAAAGAGGAGAUGAAGAGCUGUGGGGUGAGGAACUUUGAGCAGUACACGGGGGAUGACUGCUGGGUGAACCUGAGUUACACGGUGGUGGCUUUCACCAAACAGACCAUGGGCUUCUUAGAAGAGGCGCUGAAGCUGUAUUUCCCGGAGCUGCACAUGGUGCUGUUGGAGAGCCUGGUGGAAAUCAUUUUGGUUGCUGUUCAGCAUGUGGAUUACAGUCUUCGGUGUGAGCAGGAUCCAGAGAAGAAGAAUUUUAUCAGACAGAAUGCAUCCUUUCUGUACGAAACAGUCCUGCCUGUGGUGGAGAAAAGGUUUGAGGAAGGUGUGGGGAAACCCGCCAAGCAACUUCAGGACCUGAGAAAUGCAUCAAGACUGAUUCGUGUGAAUCCCGAAAGUACAACGUCAGUGGUCUGACACCUGGACCUGUUUAUGUGUAUACGUAUAUAUGGCUUAUAUAUAUUAUUUAUAUUUAUAUUAAGUUGCAUUAGCGUAUUCUUUAUAGUCUCAAACACAGCCUAAAAAUAAAAGAUGCCUUCUCAGAAAUGCGAAAAUCAAAA